CACAAAUUCUCCCUCUUGUCUCUGUUUCCAUGGAAUCCAAACUAGUCUUCUCCUUCACCUUCACCUUUUUCUUGUCUCUGUUUUCUCUUCACGCCUCCAACCUCCAAACCUACAUUGUCCAACUACACCCACAUGGAAUGACCAACUCUGCCUUCAACACAAAGCUCGAGUGGCAUCUCUCGUUUCUUGACCGAACCAUUGCAUCCGACGAUAGCCCAUCUUCUCGACUUCUUUACUCUUACCAUUCUGCUAUGGAAGGUUUCGCAGCUCGUCUCUCACAAAUUGAGCUGGAAACCUUGCGAAACAAGCAGAAUGUAAUAGCAGUUAGGCCUGACCAUUGCCUCCAAUUACACACCACUUACUCAUACAAGUUCUUAGGACUAAGCCUCACAAGGGAGGAUGCUUGGUUGCACCCUGGCUCUGGCCAUGGAACAAUAAUUGGAGUACUUGACACUGGAGUGUGGCCUGAAAGCCCGAGCUUCAGUGACGAACAAAUGCCUCAGGUGCCCAAGAAGUGGAGAGGGAUCUGCCAGGAAGGGCAAGACUUCAAUUCUUCCAAUUGUAACCGUAAGCUCAUUGGAGCACGGUUUUAUAGUAAAGGGCACCGUGCAUCUUCUUCAGCCAUUUCUAGAUUACCAGCUCCUGUGGAAUAUGUAUCCCCCCGUGAUGAGCAUGGUCAUGGAACCCAUACUUCAUCAACUGCUGCAGGAGUUUCUGUACCCAAUGCAAGUGUACUAGGAAAUGGUGCUGGAGAGGCCAGGGGCAUGGCGCCUGGUGCCCAUGUUGCGAUGUACAAGGUAUGCUGGCUCAAUGGCUGUUACAGCUCUGACAUACUUGCUGCAAUGGAUGAUGCUAUUAGAGAUGGAGUUGAUAUCCUCUCCCUCUCUCUAGGCGGCUUCCCCAUACCACUCUAUGAUGACAGCAUCGCAAUAGGAAGUUACAGAGCUACGGAGAGGGGUGUUAUGGUUAUCUGCGCAGCAGGAAACAAUGGUCCAAUCCCAAACUCAGUUGCCAAUGAAGCUCCUUGGAUCACUGCUGUUGGUGCCAGCACACUUGACAGGAGAUUCCCAGCAGGAGUUCGCAUGGGGAAUGGCCACAUCCUCUACGGUGAAUCAAUGUACCCCGGAAUCCAGUUGCCAAAUGCUGGGAAAGAACUUGAGCUUGUGUACCUUACUGAUGGGGGCAAGGGAAGUGAACUCUGUUUAAGAGGCUCUCUUCCAAGAGCCAGAAUCCAGGGGAAAAUUGUGGUUUGCGACCGUGGUGUCAAUGGCAGGGCUGAAAAAGGCCAAGCUGUUAAGGAAUCAGGUGGUGCGGCAAUGAUACUGGCGAAUACCGCGAUCAACCAGGAGGAGGAUUCUGUUGAUGCUCAUGUCUUGCCUGCAACAUUGAUUGGGUAUGCAGAGUCUGUACGCUUAAAGAAUUACAUAAAUUUCACAAGAAGACCCACAGCUUGGAUUGAAUUUGGAGGAACAGUCAUUGGGAGAUCUAGAGCACCAGCAGUAGCAUUGUUUUCAUCAAGAGGGCCUAGUUUAACCAACCCCUCAAUCCUCAAGCCAGAUAUUAUAGCUCCUGGAGUGAACAUUGUUGCUGCCUGGCCACAAAAUUUGGGUCCCACCGGCCUUCCUGAAGAUUCUAGAAAAGUAAAUUUCACUGUCAUGUCAGGGACUUCCAUGGCCUGUCCCCAUAUAAGUGGAAUUGCUGCUCUAAUUCGCUCUCGCCACCCUGUGUGGAGCCCAGCUGCAGUUAAAUCUGCAAUUAUGACAACGGCGGAUGUCGCUGACCAUUAUGGUAAGCCAAUCAUGGAUGGUGAGAACCCUGCAGGGGUCUUUGCAAUUGGAGCUGGACAUGUAAACCCUGAAAGAGCAACCAACCCUGGGUUGGUUUAUGAUAUCGGGCCAAGUGAGUAUAUUAUUCAUCUCUGCACUCUUGGAUACUCAAGGUCACAGAUAUUCACAAUAACUCACAUGAAUGUGAGUUGCCAUGAAGUCAUAGCCAAGAACAGGGGUUUCAGCCUCAACUACCCUUCUAUUUCUGUGAUUUUCAAUCCAGGGAGGAUGGGCAAGAAGAUUAAGAGGCAACUAACAAAUGUUGGCCUCCCUAAUUCUACGUACUCGGUGGAGGUUGUGGCACCUGAAGGAGUUGUAGUAAAAGUCAGGCCACAACAUCUAACAUUCAAUAAUGUAAAUCAAAGUUUGGCAUACAGCAUCUGGUUUGUAUCCCGGAAGACAAUAGCAAAAACACAGAAGGUGACCUUUGCUGAAGGACAUUUGACAUGGGUGCACACUCAGAGUAGUCAUUACAGGGUAAGGAGCCCAAUUUCAGUGACUUGGACGGAUAUGAAGCAGUAGCACUGGAUGUUCAAGUAUUGUUUUCCUCAUCUCAAAGGUUUAUCUGUGUGAAUUGUCUGCUGCGGUAGAGGGUAUUAAACUAGAAAAUAUACAAAUGAAACUUCUUUAUCUUUGCAUGAAGAGCGGAAUGAUUAUUAUUUAGUCUUAUAAAAUGUAUUCCAGUUCAUUUUGAUUUAAUAUGCCAAUUUAAGAUUCAAGUAAACUUUCCUUCUUCUGCUGUAA